GAAGAGAAACAAGUCCAGCACGGAAGAGCAGCGGGAGUGUGCGUCUGAGCUCUUUUGCCGCCAUCUAGCCACCGCGCUCCGCCUCCAGAUCCAGGAGUCCAGCCGACCAGGCCCUCUUCGCCUCCGCAUCUCGCUGGCGCUCACUCUCUGCGGCUAGCCAGCCGUCCCAAGCCGUCGGUCCCUCUGCGCUCGCCGGCUCUGCUAGUCUUCCCCUCACGGUGUCACUGCCUCGUUAUUCGUGAUUCGCAUCCGGCCUGGUUCAGAGUGUUAGAAACUUUCCCCGUAUUAAAGAAGGGAGGUGCUUGCUGAAAAAAUAUGGCAACGUUGAAGGAGAUCUUGACUCGGCGUCCCCUGGCAGCGACAAUCCGACUAAGGGUUGACGCCGGUGCUGCAAAGCCCGGACCGCCAGUAGGCCCCGCUUUAGGUCAAUACAAGCUGAACUCCAUGGCUUUCUGCAAGGAUUUCAAUGCCCGUACGCAGAAAUACAAGCCUGGAACGCCUAUGUCCGUCACGAUAACGGCUUUCAAGGACGGAACCUUCGAAUUCACGUUGAAAUCUCCGUCAGUCACUUGGUACCUGAAGCAGGCGGCCGGGGUGGAGAGCGGCAGCAGCCGCCCUGGUCACGUGACCGCCUCUACGAUAACCCUAAAGCAUGUAUAUGAAAUUGCAAAGGUCAAACAAAGUGAUCCCUUUUGCCAGUAUAUGUCUCUGGAGUCCAUUUCUAAGUCUAUUAUCGGCACUGCAAACUCAAUGGGGAUCAAGGUCCAGAAAGAGCUCGAUUAAGGUCCGUUCUGUGUACUUACUUUGCUGAUAUCGCACAUCUAAAAGGAGUAACAUCAAAGUCUAUUUCAACCAAAUCAAUUCAAAAGACACCUAUGCUGUUUAGAGGAGAUUAGGUCUACCACCAAAUGGAGCCUUAGUUUUUCAUGUCUUUAUUAGGCAGUGUUCAUUUCCUAAAUGAAAACAAAAGAGUGAGAUUAGUCAGUGAUUAUUUCUGGUUGUUUUGUUUUCCAGGUGCACUGGUUGGUGCUCAAUAAUGGAAUAUUGACUUGUGUGUUUGUAGUUAUUAAUAUGUAUGGAUUUCUUACGCCUAUGCAGCUAUUUUACACACAGUUUUCAACUUGAAUGCUGUAUUUCUGUAUUUUCCCAGGGAAUGAUCUCUUUUCUUAUGUAGUAUACAUGUGUGUCAUUAGUUCAUCUAUUGUGUUCUGUAAUUGAUUCUUGAUAUAUCAGCGUUGUAUCCUGCUCCACGAUGCUUUGCAUUUUGGUCCAUUAGAUCGGGUCGUGGAUCUACCCUAUUGGAUAGCAUAGACCAUAUCUUUUUGGUAUGCAAGUCAUUGUUAGGCUGUUAUAAACGAGUACAUUGUUUAUAAAUAUUGGGUUUGUUUUAUAACUUUCAAUGGAUUUGAUGGAUUAUGUUGGUAUAUGCCUAUGCUGAAAUAAAUAUUGGGUUUGUUGUGUA